AAAAGCAACGAUAUAUUUGUGAAGGAGUUUCCGCUAAUGAUGCAGAUCAAAAGCAGAGGCAACGGUGUUGUUGCGUUGUCGAGGAUUCUGGAAUGGGCCACCCAAUCCCAAUCCAAAUCCAAAUCCAAAUCCCACCGUAGUUCUCCUUGCCACGCCGGCCAAUCAUGGAUUAUUUCGGUCACGUGCACGGUAUCAGCCCUCUUUCUGAACCCACCACACCAACCACCCCAAGACCCACCUUAUUCCUCUCCACUUCCGGCAAAGCUCUUCUCGUCUCCAACUCCAACAAAUCCCUCGUCAUUUCCAAUUCUGGCAAACGUCUCGACACAAUCAAUAGCAAGAAGAAGUAUGUCAAACAAGUCACCGGUCGUCAUAAUGAUACGGAACUUCAUCUCGCCGCGCAACGUGGCGAUGCCGCCGCCGUUAGACAAAUUCUCGCUGAGAUUGAUGAUCAGAUGAUGGGAACGCUUAGUGGUGCUGAGUUUGAUGCGGAGGUUGCUGAUAUUAGGUCUGCUAUUGUGAAUGAGGUUAAUGAGUUGGGUGAAACUGCUUUGUUCACCGCUGCUGAGAAAGGUCGUUUUGAUGUUGUUAAGGAACUUCUUCCUUUUACCACUAAGGAGGCUCUUUCUUUGAAGAAUCGCUCUGGUUUUGAUCCCUUGCAUAUUGCAGCAAACCAAGGUCACCGAGCUAUUGUGCAGUUGCUACUAGACCAUGAUCCAGAGCUAAUCAAAACAUUUGCACAGUCAAAUGCAACUCCUCUUGUAUCUGCAGCUACAAGAGGACAUGCAGAUGUUGUUGAACUGUUACUAUCAUGUGAUCCUAGUCAGUUGGAGAUAGCUAGAUCCAAUGGAAAGAAUGCACUCCAUUUAUCUGCACGCCAAGGAUAUGUUGAUGUUGUCAAGAUAUUGCUAGCGAAGGACCCGCAGCUUGCUCGAAGGACUGAUAAGAAAGGACAAACUCCCCUGCAUAUGGCUGUCAAAGGUGUUAGCUGUGAAGUUGUGAAGUUGCUUCUUCGUGCUGAUGCUGCGAGUGUCAUGCUUCCUGACAGGUUUGGAAACACCGCAUUGCAUGUAGCGACCAGGAAGAAGAGGGCAGAGAUAGUGAAUGAGUUACUGCUUCUUCCUGACACCAAUGUAAAUGCCCUCACAAGAGAACACAAAACAGCUCUUGACCUUGCAGAAGCACUUCCAAUAUCUGAAGAAAUUUUGGAGAUCAAGGAUUCCCUGAUUCGUUAUGGUGCAGUUAAAGCCAAUGAUCUCAACCAGCCAAGGGACGAGCUAAGGAAAACCAUGACACAGAUUAAGAAAGAUGUUUCUUUUCAGCUUGAACAGACUCGGAAAACAAACAAGAAUGUGAGUGGGAUUGCCAAGGAGCUACGCAAGUUGCACAGAGCAGGAAUCAACAAUGCUACCAACUCAGUAACUGUGGUUUCUGUGCUAUUCGCAACGGUUGCAUUUGCAGCCCUUUUCACGGUCCCUGGUGGAGAUGAUUCUAAUGGGAUGGCUGUGAUGGUGCACACUGUAUCUUUCAAGACCUUCUUUCUCUCUAAUGCUAUUGCACUUUUCACUUCAUUGGCUGUGGUGGUGGUUCAAAUAACAGUUGUUAGAGGGGAGAUAAAGUCUGAGAGGAAGGUUGUCGAGGUGAUCAAUAAGAUGAUGUGGUUAGCCUCUGUCUGCACCUCAGUUUCAUUCAUUGCGGCAUCUUAUAUAGUAGUUGGUCGGCGCAGCAAGUGGGCUGCAAUCCUUGUUACUGUUGUAGGGGGGGUUAUAAUGGGGGGUGUUCUUGGUACCAUGACAUAUUACGUGGUCAAAACCAAACGUCAUCGGAGAGUGAGGAAGAAAGAGAAGAUCUCAAGGAUUGGAACCCACUCAUGGCGUCAUACCGAUUCCGAAUCAGAAGUAAAUCCAAUCUAUGCUAUUGAAAAUGUGAACUUGAUAAGUUGGGACUACAUCAAAGUAGAAAAGGUAGGUUUUUUCUUAGAGAAGAUGAAGAAACAAUUGACAGGUUUAAGGGGUGAUUCUACCCUGCACUCUGCAAUUCGAGCUGGAAAUUUGGAAUUGGUGUUGGAAAUGAUCUCUGAGAAUCAAGGUGAUGAAUUAAAGGAGUUGCUUUCGAAGAAAAAUAAUUCUGGUGAAACUGCCUUAUAUAUUGCUGCUGAAAAUGGUCAUCUUGAUAUGGUGAAGGAAUUGAUCAAAUACCAUGAUAUUGGGUUGGUUAGCUUGAAAGCUAGAAAUGGAUUUGAUGCAUUUCAUGUUGCUGCUAAAAAUGGAAACUUGGAGAUUUUGAAGGUCUUAACGGAAGCCUUUCCUGAAAUUUCAAUGACCGUUGAUCUGACGAACACUACUGCACUGCACACUGCUGUAGUGCAAGGACAUAUUGAAGUAGUAAACUUUCUGUUAGAGAAAAGUAGCAGCGUGGUUACUAUUGCAAAAAGCAAUGGGAAAACUGCAUUUCAUUCGGCUGCAAGAAAUGGCCAUGUGGAGGUCAUCAAAGCCCUGCUAAGCAGUGAACCUGAAAUUGCAAUGCGAAUUGAUAAGAAGGGGCAAACAGCACUCCAUAUGGCAGUUAAAGGACAAAAUCUGGAGGUAGUGGAUGAGCUUUUGAAACUGAACCCAUCUUUUGCCAAUAUGGUGGAUACCAAGGGAAACACUGCACUGCAUAUAACAACUCGGAAGGGUCGUCUACAGAUUGUUCAGAAGCUACUAGAUUGCAAAGAAACAGACACUGAUGUUAUUAAUAAAUCUGGAGAAACAGCUUUGGAUAUUGCGGAGAGAAAUGGUCGCUUGGACAUUGCCAAAUUUUUGCAGGAUCGCGGAGCUCAAAAUGCUAGGUCCAUCAAGUCACCUUCUACAAACAGAGCCCUUGAACUCAAACAAACUGUGAGCGACAUAAAAAGCGGGGUUCAUAACCAGCUGGAACACACAUUUAAAACACAGAGACGCAUGAAAGGCAUAGCAAAGCGAAUCAACAAGAUGCAGGCCGAGGGCCUUAACAAUGCAAUCAACUCCAACACCGUAGUUGCCGUUCUCAUUGCAACUGUUGCUUUCGCUGCCAUAUUUACUGUCCCAGGCCAGUAUCCUCAGAACACAAAGAACCUUGCUCCUGGAAUGUCUCCAGGGGAAGCCAACAUUGCUCCGAAUAUUGACUUCCUGUUAUUCGUAAUCUUCGAUUCUACUGCCCUCUUCAUAUCAUUGGCCGUAGUGAUUGUGCAAACGUCCGUGGUUGUUAUUGAGAGGGAAGCAAAGAAACAAAUGACGGCGAUUAUAAACAAGUUAAUGUGGGUGGCAUGUGUGUUAAUUUCUGUUGCAUUUCUUGCAAUGUCAUACAUAGUUGUUGGAGAUCAGAAAGAAUUGGCUAUAGCAGCAACAGCUCUAGGAACUGUGAUUAUGGCUGCUACUCUUGGAACACUUUGUUAUUGGGUGAUUGCUCACCGCCUCGAGACCUCCAGAUUACGAAGUCUCAGAACAAUGACAAGCAGUAGGCAGUCAUUGACUAUGUCAGGGAUGUCAGCUUCUGAGAAUGAGUAUAAAACAGUGUACGCGAUAUAAAAUUGAUUUUAUCUUUUUGUUGAAUUAUGCUAACAUAGAUGCAGGCGAUUGCUGCCUUGUAUCAUGCCUUUGGAAAACACAGGCAAAGAAUGUAAUCAUAGUCACUCAAGAUGAUAAGUAAAUAUGUCAUUUUGCAUUGAAGUAUUGGAUCAUAUGCUUAUAAUAUUUUCAUAAUAUUAACUUCAUUGGAACCGACUGGUUCUCUCUGUCAUAUUCAACA